CGCAUUGCAGUUCAUAUGAAACUGUCAUCUCUUCUUAUUGUGUUUACUUAACAUCUGUUGCGCGUAAUUAAUUAGUACCUAUUUCCGCAAAAAAAAACAUUGCGAGUGCUCCAGUGAUUAAUAAUGUAAGAUGGAUUUGCAAGGAACUGACACAUUAAUUGCCGCCGCUAUUGGGGCGCUGGCGGCUAUUUUCGUAGGCGCGUUUGUUGCGUUGCUCUUCAUAUGCAGACGACAACAUAAACGGAAAAACUGGGAUCGAUUUGAUAAUCGCGCUUCAGUCAAGUCGAAGACGAAGAAGAAACAUGCAGACCCAGAGUUGGCAAUGGCAUUAAGUGAUAUUGGCCUAGGAAGCGCGUUGGAUCAAAUUUUAAAUGAAGAACUUUGGGUUGAUGACCAUUGGGGGCUCCUCAUUCCGCAAUGUUUAGCUGUUUUAAGAGCGUGUCGAAGUCUUACUGAAAAGCUAGCUACCAUGGCAAUGGGACCGGGGAUACGAGCUCCAGCUAACCGGGUAAUCGAGGCAGCUAAAAGAAUUCCUUCCAGAGUGGAUGAUGUCGUUCAAGCAAUGUACCCACCACUAGAUCCAAGGCUACUAGAGGCUAGAUGUGCAGCUCUUGUUUUGGCCGUCGGACAAUUAGCACUUCUGACUCAAAGUACCGGAAGCAGUAGCAAAUCAUGGGUUGAACAGAGUCUGCAGGAUAUGGAUGACAAUUUAACGGUAUUACGGAAAGCAGCAUUAGAAUUGGAUGACCCAAAGCUGAGUUCUCGAGUAUGAUAGUGGCAACAUUCCAAUUUUCGAUUGUUUAGCAUUUAUGGAACUACACAAUUUAUUCAGCAUUAUCUGAGAGUAUAUUUUAUAAAAUAAAUUGCCCAGUUAUUUAGUGUAUUUUUAGUAUAUACAUAUAUAAGUAAAUUACGUUUGCACGUAACAAAUUGAGAUUAA